UCCCACGUGUCUCCCUUUCUCUUUUCCCAUAUUUCCUUCUCCUGAUCAUCUUCUUCCUCCAUAAAUACACUUCCACCCGCCUCUCUGCCUCCAUAACCACACACUUCCCCCACAAAGCUAAACGACCGACUUGUCGUUAAAGGCCGAUCAAAUGGCAACCAUCGCCUCCCCCCUCACCUUCAAACCACAGAGACUCGCUCUAUUUGACAGCUCGUCCUCCUUCCAUGGCACCCGUCUUUCCCCACCUUCCCUCCGCUUCUUCUCCGUCAAGUCUAGCGCUCAACCCUUCAUCUCCGUGUCUGCCUCUUCAUCCCCACCCUACGAUCUCAAGGAGUUUAAGUUCGAGCCUAUCAAGGAGUCCAUCGUCUCCCGCGAGAUGACACGGCGGUACAUGAUGGACAUGAUCAUGUACGCCGACACUGACGUUGUCAUUGUGGGUGCUGGCUCCGCCGGCCUGUCUUGCGCCUACGAGCUCAGUAAGAACCCGUCUGUACAGGUGGCCAUCAUCGAGCAGUCUGUCAGCCCAGGUGGCGGUGCGUGGCUUGGCGGUCAGCUCUUCUCGGCUAUGGUUGUGCGCAAACCAGCGCAUGUGUUCCUUAACGAGCUGGGCAUCGAAUAUGAUGAGCAAGACAACUACGUGGUGAUCAAACACGCGGCGCUCUUCACCUCCACCAUCAUGAGCAAGCUCUUGGCUCGCCCCAACGUGAAGCUCUUCAAUGCGGUGGCGGCCGAGGACUUGAUCGUGAAGGGAGGGAGAGUUGGUGGGGUGGUGACGAACUGGGCACUGGUGUCGAUGAACCACGACACGCAGUCGUGCAUGGACCCCAACGUAAUGGAGGCCAAGGUGGUGGUGAGCUCGUGCGGCCACGACGGGCCUUUCGGUGCCACUGGGGUCAAGAGGCUAAAGAGUAUUGGGAUGAUUGACAGCGUGCCCGGGAUGAAGGCACUGGACAUGAAUGCCGCUGAGGAUGCUAUUGUGAGGCUCACAAGGGAGAUUGUGCCUGGGAUGAUUGUCACUGGGAUGGAAGUUGCUGAGAUUGAUGGAUCCCCAAGAAUGGGUCCCACCUUUGGAGCGAUGAUGAUAUCAGGGCAAAAGGCAGCGCACUUGGCCUUGAAGUCGCUGGGACUUCCCAAUGCAAUUGAUGGUUCAUAUGUUGGAAGCAUCCACCCGGAGCUGAUCCUUGCUGCUGCAGAUUCUGCUGAAACUGCCGACGCAUAAACCAAAUUUAGUCUUGUUAAUUAAUGAAAUGAAAAAAUGCCGGAAAUAAAUUAUCCAGGUUGACUGGAAUGGAAUUAAUGUGUACUGGUACUGGUGGUGCAUGGAUGGUUGAUGUGACUAUAUAUAUAUAUAUAUAUAUAU